UAAAAAACUUAGUUAAGAAAUAAAAAAUUAUAAAAAGUAACAAAUAAAAAAUCAACAAAAAUGAAGAUCUUCUAUGCCGUUGCUGUUGUAUUGUUCGUGGUCGUUGCCAGUGUUUGGGCUGCUGGUGAGAAGGAUAAAGCCUCUGCCGCAACCUCUACAUCAACCGAAGGUGAUAUUAAAAUCUACAAACGUCUUAUACCAGCUGAUGUACUAAGGGACUUCCCUGGCAUGUGCUUUGCCUCCACCCGCUGCGCAACUGUUGAACCUGGCAAAACCUGGGAUUUGACACCAUUCUGCGGUCGUUCUACAUGUGUUCAAAACGAAGAAGAUCCAGCCAAAUUAUUGGAGUUGGUUGAAGAUUGUGGACCAUUGCCGUUGGCCAAUGACAAAUGCAAACUUGAUACAGAGAAAACUAACAAAACAGCUCCCUUCCCAUACUGCUGCCCCACAUUUACAUGUGAACCUGGUGUAAAAUUGGAAUAUCCCGAUGUACCCAAAGAAGAACCAAGCAAAAAGGAAUGAAUAAUUUUAAAAGCUCAAUUAAUCAUUUUAUAAAUUUCCUUCGCGUUUUUUAUUGUAUCUACAUUAAAAAACUAUUCUGCUGUAUAUUUACAUUGAAUCAUUUGUAUCCCAUUCUCUUUUGCACUUUUUCUUUCGCAUAAUAUUAAUCUAAUGUAUAUUAUUAUGUAUUCUUCAAUUCGGAUGGGUGGGACGCCGUAAGCUUUAUGACUCUAGAAAUUCUAUCUGUAAUUAAGACCUAAGAGAAUACGUUUCAUAAUAAUAACAAAAUGUAAACGUGUGUACAUAUGUAUAUUUUUGUCCAAUUUAUAACAAAACAGAACAAAUUUAUUUUUUUUAACAUUUCAAAAAUAAAACACCCAAAAACGA